AUGGAGCCUGGAACGAUUUUAUCGAUCGUCCAACUUUCAUUUUCCGCCUUCGAACUUGGCUCUAAGAUCGCCUGUGAAUUUUUCGGGAAGAAUGGUAGGGUUCCGGAUAAACUCAGACGUCUCAAUGACCGACUUAAAGAAUUUCAUAUAAUUGUUGACGGAGUUAUAGAUGGCGCUCAGGGGCGUAGCGCCUCGUCAGACCUUAUCUACCCCGGAGCUAGCGCUAUUGUUGAGACUCUGACUGAGUGCAACGAUUUCCUCCGCCAAUAUGAGUUGGCGUUGUUAUCAGAUCGAACUUUCGGUAGAACUAGUCAACGACUCGCCCUCGUCGUUGGUCCAGAUAAUUCUAAGAUCCAGGAUCUUGAUAGAAGAAUAUUAGAUCACUACCCAGCACUUCAACUAUGGAAAACGACUGGCCUGGAAAGGGCGGUUAUGCAGCUCGGAGAAUCAAUGAUCGCGAAGCACCAAAGCAGUAGCCAGUUAAGCCGAGCGCCUACUACGAUAGCUGAAUCGUCACCGCAGCCCGAGCCAUUUGGGAGGUCCGUUGAAGAAGCACCUAUCAGCUUUCCUACUACCCAAGUAGCAACCCCUACGCUGAGAGCAGUUUCUCGGAAUCCCUCCCUCCCUUCGAUAAACGAGCUUCCAUCACCACAGGUAGGAGAAUAUUCAUUCUCUGACGCAGGAUCAUAUAGACAGCGUCUAUCAGGAUCAGAGGCCGGUCCUGUUCUGGCACAUCUUAGAGGCUAUGGCCGCGAUAAUGUCACAAAUCCACUAACGCGCGCCGGUACUACGAACAAUACAGGAUCAUUAUCUCCGAUAUUACUAUCAACUUCACCAACGUCGAAAUUCCGUAGCCCAGGAUAUUCGGUAUUAUUCGACUGUAGAGUUCUUGAAAUCGCUGGGAUGAGAGUGAUAGAAUGGAUCAAUACUAGCUCCCGACUUACAAUUCAACAUUUCGUUCCUGAUACACGUGUUAUUCCAUACACAAUACCUGGGGACUCAGGACCCUACAAAGUGCGAUUUCUCCCAAUAAACGCCAGGCACCAGUUCAAAAUCAUGACGAUAGAUAAUGGAACCGAGAAUCUCCAAGAAAAACCAGAGUACCGAUUUCACCGCAAGGCUGACAGAGAGAAUUUCCAGCAAGCCGUCCGAGGAUGCGACCGCUUAGAGAUAGUAAGGGCCGUGAAGGUACAUAGUGCUAGAGGAAAGGAUAUUGCCAUGAAAUUCCAUUUGAAAGUUUGGCGACACACCCCCCAAGAUGACAGACCAACUUUUUCCUUCGUGGCAAAUGAGAUUGCCCACAUGGAGUUCCAUAUUCGAUGGUUUAAAAGGAACCCGGAACUGAGAGGAGAGACCAAGCUGGUGCUAAGGUUAUACUCGAAGGGUGAUGACUUGGUGGAUGAGCCCGAACCCGUCGAGCCGCGAAGGCUAUCUUUCACGUUUGGAAUGAAGAAAUUAUCUGGGAGUUCGACGCAGACGAAUACUUCAGAUUCACAUUCGACUUCACGGUCACGGUCCUCUUCAACUAAACCCCUGCCUCUUAUGCUAUAUGAAGGCCAAGGAAUAGAGCCGCCGGAUGAUGUUCGAAAUCUAGAAUAUCUGGAAAUAGAAUUCUUGAACUCAGAGGUUCGGAAAUCCUUCGUACAGGCGUGUCUUGAGGCACAUCGCCCAGCAUCGGAGGCUUCGAGGAGAAAUAGUACGUCGAGCCCCUCUUCGCAACAAUCGUACCAGGGUCCGCACGAACUAGAAGACUCGGGUAAAUACGAACUACCAGUGGACUGUGGAGUCUACGAGAUGAUGGGAGACUCGGGGUUUCAGAUACCUCCUCCAAGCUUGACAAUGCCAUAUUCCCCCGGCGAGACUCGAUUCAAUACCCGUUCACUAUUCGCACCAUCACGGGCAACCGAUUACGAGAAAAUUCAAGAGGCGGAUGAAUAUUACGGAUAGGGAGGACGAUGCUCGCGAACUAGGACAGACAUUGGGUAUAUCAUUUUGGCUAUUGUAAACGAUGCAUAUAAUGGUUAGGUGUCUGGGGGCGGGGGGGCUGAUCUUUGAGGUAAAGAGAUAGAAUGUAAAUCAUGCAUAGCGUGAGGAUGAAUUAUAUUGUUUUUAUUCUAUUAAAAAUUGAGCCAAGUAAUAACCAAGUAAUAAGGUAUAUUUCUAUUCUUUAUAAGAAUAUUGACUGCCUCUCCCGCGCCGUGAUAAUGGUAGAUGUAGUAUUGUAGAUGUC